AUGAGACCUCCUUCCUUUGUUGGAAGACCUAACCUGAUUGUGGCCGAGAAUUGGGUACAGGAAGUCGGGGAGAUUUUAGCAGUACUGGCAUGUACUGACAAGCAAAAAAUGGCGUUUGCAACGUUUAAACUGACAAGAGUGGUAAAGCACAAGUGGAGAUCAGUGCGUAUGAUUGACGAGCAGAGGCCGGAUCUAAUGUCAAUGUCAUGGAGUCUAUUCAAGGAUUUGUUUUUUGAGCGAUAUUUUCUUGCUAUUGUUUGGAACACAAAGGCAGCAGAGUUUCUACAUCUGACUCAGGGGUUGAUGACGAUGACACAGUAUGCUGCACGAUUUCUUGAGUUAUACCGUUUCGCCCCACAUUUAGCAGCAGACGAAGAGAAAAAGGCUAGAAAGUUUGAAGAAGGAUUGAAGCAGAGUUUAUUUAAGCAAGUUAUUGGCUUUCGAGUUCAGACGUUUGCCAAGGUGGUGGACAGAGCUACUGUUAUUGAAAGUGAUGUGGCUGUAGACAUCCAGGUGAAUGCAGGAUGGGCGAGGACGUCUGCUAUCGAUGUGGGAGACCCAGGCACAGAUCUUGGUCGUAUCAAGGAUUGA